CUUCCAGUUCGCUAUGUGACCUUGGGUAGGUUUUCCCCAACCUGAGCCUGUUUCCUGCUUUGGCAAAGGGGAUAGCCACCUUGUAGGAUUUUCAGGAUUACAUGGAAUGACUUUGUGGGGCACCUGGCGCUCACACGUCCCCUCCUGAGGGGCAGCUUUCCCUGACCGUUCCCCUCGCCCCCCAUUACACCCCGUAGACAGGACAGGAGCCUCGCGUUAUACGCUCAUAUAGCCCACAGUUGUAAUUUCAUAUUUGCUUGAACGACCAUUUGAUUAUUGUCUGUCUCCUCACUUGAAGCUGAACUUUGUGAAAGCAGGUCGCGUUCAUCCUUACACCCCCAGCUCCCAGUUCAGUGCCUGACAUACAGCAGGAGCUCGAUAAAUGCCCGCUCCUUCAUUCCAUCCCUCUGACGCUCCGGUGGAGCGGCAGCGGGCUCAAUACUGCCACCGGCCAGCAGAGGGCAGGCGGCGACCAGUCUUUUGGCCCAGCUGACCGUCCUCUCGGCCGGCAGGCGCCGCGGGAGGGGACAGGUGAGCCAAGGUGCAUCCACGUCUGAAGAAUCGGUGGGCCCGCGAGCCCCGGGCGAGGAGUCGGGCUAGCGCAAGGUUUUUCCCUUCGGAUCUGUGGCUCGCGGCCUGUCCUGGAUCAGAGACCUCUCUCACAACCUGUGUGGAUGUACGGCUCCUGCAAAGAAGAUGAGCUGAGAAGAAUCAGGAGGACUGAACUGCAGCUGCAGAAGCAACACGUGGACCUUUCAAGAUGCAUACAAGGCUGCAAGAAAUGAAGGGAGAAACUGGAGAGACCAAUGAAGGGAGGAAGAAGCAUGUUUCCUGGGUUUAAUAGGAAAAACUUGCUUCCUGCAAACACCAGAAAAAACUGCCCUUGGAAACUGUUUCUUUGGCCUGCAUGGAGCAGCUAGAGCUUACACUGUGAGGCCCUUGACGGGACGAGCUCUCACCCCCUGAUCAGCCAGAGUGAUUGUCGCCAUGGCCAGCAAGAGGAAAUCCACCACCCCGUGCAUGAUCCCUGUGAAGACCGUGGUGCUGCAGGAGGCCAGUGCGGAGGCCCAGCCUGCGGAGGCAUUACCCGAAGGCCCCCAGCAGGAGCUGCCCCCUGAAGUGCCUGCCGGCAGCAGCGAGACUGCCCAGAAGUCCAGCAGUACCGACGGCCCCGCCCUGGCCAACGGGCACCGGAGCACUUUGGAUGGCUAUUCGUAUUCCUGCAAAUACUGUGAUUUCAGAGCCCAGGACAUAACCCAGUUUGUGGGACAUAUGAACUCAGAGCACACAGAUUUUAAUAAGGAUCCAACUUUUGUAUGCACUGAAUGCAGUUUUCUGGCAAAAACUCCUGAGGGGCUUUCUCUGCACAAUGCUAAGAGUCACUUGGGGGAAGCCAGCUUUGUGUGGAAUGUGGCCAAGCCAGACAAUCAUGUGGUCGUGGAACAGAGCGUCCCCGAGAGCACCUGUACUCCUGACCUAUCGAGUGAGCCCAACGCCGAAGGGACCGACGGACAGGCCGAAAUCAUCAUUACCAAAACUCCAAUCAUGAAGAUAAUGAAAGGCAAAGCUGAAGCCAAAAAAAUUCAUACGCUCAAGGAGAACAUCCCCAGUCAGCCUGUGGGUGACACAGCCUUACCAAACCCACCAGCCGGGGAGACCGAGGCGAAAGAGGGGGACCACCACUUUGUCAAUGGGGCAGUCCCGGUCAGUCAGCCGGCCACCAACCCGGCCAAAGGGCCGCAUGCGGCCAAUGGGCCCCUGCUGGGAGCGGUGCCGGUUCUGCCGGCCGGCAUAGCGCAGUUCCUCCCCCUGCAGCAGCCGCCCCCACUGCACGCCCAGCACCACGGCCACCAGCCGCUGCCCACAUCCAAGUCCCUCCCCAAGGUGAUGAUCCCCCUGAGCAGCAUUCCCACCUACAAUGCGGCCAUGGACUCCAACAGCUUUCUGAAGAACUCGUUCCACAAGUUCCCCUACCCAACCAAAGCUGAGCUCUGCUAUUUGACUGUGGUCACCAAGUAUCCAGAAGAGCAGCUCAAGAUCUGGUUCACAGCCCAGAGGCUGAAGCAAGGCAUCAGCUGGUCCCCUGAGGAGAUUGAGGACGCCCGGAAAAAGAUGUUCAAUACGGUCAUUCAGUCCGUACCCCAGCCCACAAUCACCGUCCUCAACACACCCCUGGUCGCCAAUGCUGGCGGCGUCCAGCACCUCAUCCAGGCCGCCCUCCCGGGCCACGUGGUAGGGCAGCCGGAGGGCACAGCGGGCGGCCUGCUGGUCACUCAGCCGCUGAUGGCCAACGGGCUGCAGGCGCCCAGCUCGUCCCUGCCGCCCACCGUCACAUCGGUGCCCAAGCAGCCCACCGUGGCACCCGUGAAUACGGUGUGCUCCAACACCACGUCGGCGGUGAAGGUGGUCAACGCGGCCCAGUCGCUGCUCACGGCCUGCCCCAGCAUCACCUCCCAAGCCUUCCUCGACGCCAGCAUCUACAAGAACAAGAAGUCUCACGAACAGCUGUCUGCCCUGAAAGGAAGCUUCUGUCGGAACCAGUUCCCGGGGCAGAGUGAGGUGGAGCAUCUGACCAAAGUGACCGGCCUCAGCACCAGAGAGGUGCGCAAGUGGUUCAGUGACCGCAGGUACCACUGCCGGAACCUGAAGGGCUCCAGGGCCGUGCUGCCCGGCGACCCCGGCGCCAUCGUCAUUGACCCCGGGCCCGAGGCGCCCUUCUCCCCGUCGUUGGCCAAGGCCCCCGAGGUGCCCUGCGUCCCGCCGGCCGCCACCCUGGCUGCCCCUCCUUCCACCAGACGCCAGGCCUGGCACCAGACCCCCGACUUCACGCCAACCAAGUACAAGGAGCGAGCCCCUGAGCAGCUCAGAGCCCUGGAGAGCAGUUUUGCACAAAACCCCCUUCCUCCCGAUGAGGAGCUGGACCGCCUGAGGACUGAAACCAAGAUGACCCGGAGAGAGAUCGACAGCUGGUUUUCGGAGAGGCGGAAGAGAGUGAGCGCCGAGGACCCCAAGAGGGCCGAUGAGGGACCCGCCCCAGAGGAGGAGGAGGAGGAGGAAGAGGAGGAGGCGGGAGAGGAGGAGCCGGGCGGGGGCCCGAGGGCCCCUGGGGAAGACGGCCCCCUGGAAGGGCUCGGCAGCCGUGGGCUGGCAGAGCGCAAGGUCAGCCCCAUCAAAAUUAACCUUAAGAACCUGCGUGUCACCGAGGCCAAUGGGGCCAACGGCAGGAGCGAGCUCCCGGGGCCAGGGGCCUGCGAGCCUGAAGAGGAUGGGCCCGGCCAGCCGGCUGAGCAGCCCCCUGGCAAAGCAAGCUGCAAGAAGACGGCCCAGCAGCGGCACCUCUUGCGCCAGCUCUUCGUGCAGACGCGGUGGCCCAGCACCCAGGACUACGACGCCAUCAUGGCCCAGACUGGCCUGCCGCGGCCUGAGGUGGUGCGCUGGUUCGGGGACAGCAGGUACGCCCUGAAGAACGGCCAGCUCAAGUGGUACGAAGACUAUAAGCGGGGCAACUUCCCUCCAGGGCUGCUGGUCGUCACCCCUGGCAACCGGGAGCUGCUGCAGGACUAUUACCUGACGCACAAGACGCUGCGUGAGGUGGACCUGCAGAGCCUCUGUGACAAGACCCAGAUGAGCUCCCAGCAGGUCAAGCAAUGGUUUGCGGAGAAAAUGGGCGAGGAGACCCGGGCUGUGGCGGACGCGGGCAGUGAGGACCAGGGCGCCGGCGAGGCUGCAGCCAUUCACCAAGGGAUGGGGGAUGCGUAUUUGGAGGUGUCGGAAAACAGUGAGUCGUGGGAGCCUGGCGCCCCUGAGGCCAGCUCGGAGCCCUUUGACGCCCCGAGUCCCCAGGCUGGACUUCAGCUGGAAACAGACUGAAUUUGAACUGAUUACUCCGAAGGACUGGCCAGUCCGGGAUGCCGCCUGCCACGUGGAAGGGCUCAACCCGACUCUCCGCUGCCAUGUGCUGUUCCCAUGCUCGCCGCCGCCGCCGCCACCGCCGCCGGCCGGGCACGCACGAUAGCUUCUGGAGGCCUCGCCGCCAGCCCAGAGCCCGCCGCCACCUCUGGCCUGUCACCACCGAGCGCGCCAGCAGGGAGAGUCGAGUGCUUGUCAGUUCUUCCUCCCACCACGUAGGACCUUUCCUUUGCCUUCCAGUGGAUAAAAUAGUUCAGAUUUCAUAUUCAUAGACACGAAAUCAAGUUUUUAACCUAUAAAUCCGCCUAUACACAUUUAAUAAAACAUCAGAUCAUAAACACUUUCAUUACAUAGAAACUUUGGUUAGCCAGCAGUACAUUGUCUUACAUCAUCUCUGAAAAUGCCCUGUGUCUGUUCUCUGGAGAUCAUGGGGGCUACAUGUCCCCAGCACGUGCGGAACUGGGGCUGAAGCCCUAGACCCCCCCACCCCCCACCCCCUCAAGGAAGGUGGUACGUUUGCCGAGGCAGCUGCCCGCCUUUCCCUGCCCUGGGGGCGAAUCGGCACUGGCGCCCGCCUGCCGUCUGGAAAUGGACUGCUCACCUGAUAGUGUUUGCUCACCGCGCUCUUAAGUGGUUCCAGCCAUCCUGCUUGUUCGUGGGAGUUUGAAUCAUGGACCAGAACUUUUCAGUUACCAGGUCAACUUCAAGAAGUAUUUGCUGUUAAGCCUGAUGUACUGACCGAUGUGCCCACGUUUUUGUUGUUGUUUUUCAAUCUAGAUGUUUUCAGAGUGAGAGGAAAAUUGAGAAAAGGAACGCGCAGGGCUGAACGUGGAAGUGCACGGCCCCAGCGUGUGGCUUUGGCCACUGUGGUCUUCGGAGCCCUUACCCACACUCCCUUCCAGGCUGCCAGUGGUCUGGGAAGGAAGUCUCCCGCAGCUGGGAGUAAGAGCGAACGCUCUGGGAUCUGGGGAGCCAGGAGUGGUCAGAGCUGGGGGUGGUCCUUGGCACAGAGACACCCAGAGUGCUCAUGGCCCCCGUGCCGAGGGCCUGGCUAGGUGCUGAGCAUCGCCAGACAGGCCCUUGUGAAGAUGUUUCUUAAGUUCUGCAUUUAUAUCCCCAGAUUUGGAAACAAGAUCUCUGUCUACUUUAGCCUAAUCCUCAUACCAUUUUUUUUUAAUUGAGAAAAAUCACAGAAAAAGGUGCUUUUGAAACACUGGGAAACUUGUAUACAAAGCUGUACUACUUGGUAAAUCCCUAUUUCCCCCAAAACUGGCUGUUCUGAGAGCAGCAGGUGAAAGUGGGGCAGGCAGAAGUCAUGUCCCCGGCAGCUCCGCUUACCUCCUGGAGACCACCUGCUUCCCCAGGCACUAAGGCCUUGUGAGCAUGCUUCUCCUGGGCCCAGGCUGGGGGAGCAGCACAAAGCAACACCAGAGAGAGGACAGGGGCUUCGGGCAUGACAGACUGGUGGUAGGGUGGGCGCUGUCCUCCUCCCCGACCCCACCCAGGAAAUGAACUGGGUGGGGCACCUUGCUGGCUUGGCUCCAAGGGCAAAGAUGGUGGUGGCACCUUCUGCCUUCCAGGAGAGGGCUUUCUCUGGAAACCAAAAGAUCUUGAGCCCCUGUUCUUCUAAAAUGUCUUCUCCCGCUCUCUCAGACCCAGUAGGGACCACCUCUGAGUUGUUUGAAACGUGACGUGUGAGUACUUGGCAAGUUCUGUGCCCUGUGUUUGUGUCCUUUCCAUUUGUGAAGCUGUUUAGCCCCAAAGACCUCGUGGCAGAAUUGCCAGUGGUGAUUGCCUUCCUUCAGAGAACAGACACCUGGACUUUUUCGUUUAGGGUUUAUGUACAUGCAGAUUAAUUUAUAUAUACACGUAGAUACAGUACAGAUAGUCAUUUGAUACUUUACUGAGAAAAUGUCCACCUGAGGUAUACACUUGAGGAAGCUCACGGCACAAGGCUGUUAGGGGAAGGAGCCUGUGUUGGAGGGAAUGCCGGUACCCAGGGCGCAGCUGAGGCGGCCUGGCUGGAAACCAUCUGAGCGUGGGAGACACCAGCCUGCAAGCCUCACUCCCAGAGCCCCGCACUGGCCAAAGGGCUUUAGAGAGGAUUUUCUUGUUUAUUUAAUUUGUAUUCAUAUUUCAUUUACAACCCAAACAACAACACAAAAAAUACAUGGUGGACAAGUUCAUGCAGGACAUAACGACCCAGCCUCGGCACCAGCCUGUCUUUAGAAGGUGGGGAAGCUACAGGCCUGCCCGUCUGGGCAUGUUUUCCUCUGUUAGCCCUGCCCACGAAUGGCAAGACUGCCCAGGUAAGGACCCCAGCAGACUAGACAGUCCCUCCUCCUUAACUGUGGUCUUGGACCUGAGCAAAUAGUGGGUUUGAAGCCUCACGCUUACAAGAACCACGGUCAGAGGUGAUGGUGAGAGAGAGCUGGGUCAGCGAGCCGGUGCCCAGCGCUCUGGGUACUUGGGGAACACAGCUAACCUGGCACAGAGACCCACACUGGCCCGGAAUGCAUGGGGGUGCGGCACUGCAGCAUCCACCCUGUGUCCUGUCACAAGACAGAUCACCGUGGUUUUGCACGCCCUCAGAAGGUGUCUGUGAUGUUGCCUCCAGCAGGUCCGUGGGCUGCAGAGUUGAGACGGGGGGUUAGUCUCUCCCGAAGGAAAGCCUCGUGUAUAAGGUGACUCAUCUUUGCCCCUCUUCUCUGUAUGCACUCGGACUCGUGAGAGAUCGUAAAAUAUUUCAGUGUUUCUUGUCGCCUAUGUCAGGCACAUGUUUGGUUUAUUCUAUUUUUUACAUGGGGUUGUAGAUUCAGUUGUAGUAGUUGAAACCAGAUCAUCAUUCUGAUAAAGGAAAGCCGGAUUCAUGAUACGUAUACCUUGCAUAUUUUGAUUACUUAUUUUAAUUCUUGACUAUGAAGGAGCUUUUUGAUUUGAGAGGAGAGUUCUCAUUUUCAGGAGUCUCAGGUUCCUGAAAUAGAGCACCCUGGUUGGAUGGCCCUGUUGGCAUUUGGGGUUUGGUAGCGCCAUGUGAGUUAGGGCUCCUGGCCUGGCCUGGCUGAGUGACUGGCAGCUGUCCCGGUGGACCAGAGCGCCUUGACCGGAGGCUCUGCUCCCUGUUCUCCAGAAGCACGGGUGUGGGAGCUGGACAGUGUUGGCCCCUAGCUUGUGGGCUCCCAUGUGCACAGACGGUGGUGUCCCUGCUGGCCGUGGGAGGCUGUCCCACCAGGAAGUUUCAGCGUGCUUUCCAGGCUGAGAUGUGGCUCUUCAUCCUGCUCAGUCGGUGGCUCAGUGACAGGUCCUGUGUCUGCUCCCAGUCCCCUCUGGCUCUGGGACAUCUGUGCCAGGCUGCCUUCUGUGGAGUCUGGGUGCUCACGCCCUCUGCACCUCCUCCCGCAGCUCCUGACUGGGCUGCCUGGUCUCUCUCCCUGUAAGCCCUUUGCCAUUGGUGCAGCUUUGUCGGUGUAAACCUCACAAGCCCCAGUGGAUAAAGGCACUUUGUAGGAGAGGAGAACCGGCCAAGAAGAAAGCGUCAAACCAGACCAAACCUGGAUUUGGGCUUUUUCUAAUUUUUCCCCCUUUUUCCUUGCUCAGCGUUUAUCUGGGGUAGGUUAUUGGUUUGACACACACCUUUUGUAUUAAGUUUAAAUUUUCCUUUAUCCCAUCGAUGUGCAAAGCUCAGAUGCUGGAGAAGACCCUGUAGAUGGGUAAGGAGCCACUGAAUGAACUUCCAGGCCAGAGCUAGUAGCUGCCUGGGCCGGGAGACUAACAGGCGGGGCUCUCCUCGCUCCUGUCUGGAGCCCUGUCUCCAGGGCUCCGGACACAGCUUCCUUUGUUCUCUUUCCUGAGGAGCCCAGGCCCGCCCAGCCUUCCUGCGCAGACCUCGGGGGCCAUCUCUGCAUGGUUGGGGGAGCACCUGCCCUGAGAAAGCAGGGAGUGGGGAGCCUGAGCCUUCCUCUGAAUGGUCCCCGCCCCCAGCCCGGCUUCGGUCUGAGGUAGCCAUCAUGCUGUUUCUCCGGCUAUUUCUAACAGCCAAGCUGUGCAACAUCAGGGCUGAGGAGGCCGGAGGCAACUCCUCAUCAAAGUGACGAGUUUUGAUUUGGGCCGAGUGACCGUGGAAGUGACGACUGUGGGUGCUGCUUGGCUGGCUGCCCAGCCCAGCUCUAUGUCCAGAUGGAACAGAGAGGCCUCGGUUGGGGUUUGUUUCUGCCCCAGUCUGUGUGGUGUUCCUGGCACCAGGUCGUCCUGGGAAGGGGGUUCUCUGAGCUGACCCAGCAAGUGCACGCGGGAGUGAGGUAAAGGGCUCAGAGCAUUUGGUCCUAGGGUGGUCCAGAGCCUGCUUUUCUGUCUUUCAGUCCUGAGUGCACUCGUUAAGACUGGCCGCUAACCUGGCCACUCCUUUGAACGGGGUCCCAGUCCUUCACCAGACUCAAGACCUGACAGCCUGGAGCUGGCAGGAAGCAGCCAUUCUAUCUGCUGAAGUCCAGAGCAGGGGCGGAAACCCCGGUGUCUGGCACGGAUCGGCAGGCCCUGGUCACCACAUGGACACGGUGGCAGCAAGCCCCUGCGGCCGUUGAUUUUUAAAAACCCUAUCUUUCGGUCGGCAGGACUGCCAGGAUCCACAAAGAACACGUGGCUCCCGCUUUGCCGUCCCCAGCCCCAAGGCUUCCGCAGCCCUCAGAACCUGGCCCUUGUGGCUGGUCAGGCCGGAGCGAGAGGGAGAGGUGAGCACAGCGAGCAGGGCUUUUCAGAGGUGGUGGUCUUCUCUUCUGCUGGGUGUCUUUCCUGCUGUCCACUGGGGGGCAGGUGGCAAGCCAGGGUGCCUGAGAGUCUGAGUGGUGACCUGCCGUUGGUGCCUCUUCGGAGCCGGGCUGUGCCACGCGCGCACACCUGAGCACUUGAGUGUUAGUGGCUUUUCUUGGCUAAUGCUCCGUAACUGCUCUUCCUUUCCACGAUAAAUGGGUGAUUUAGAAGUCUUUCGAGUCUUCGGCUGGAGCCGAAGGUGAAUUGUCCAGGGUAGAGGCUGCUCGGAGUCACUGAAUAUAGAAAGCUGCCAGUGUGUGGUCUUUCCCGAGGGUCAAACCCCAGAGUAGAUACACUGGUGGAGGGUAACCAUCUACCCCCGUGGUAGCUGUUCUGUAAUUUGUGUUUCAAGAGAGAUUGUCACUCAUCCUUGGUUCCUGCCCAUACAGAGGGCUCAUUCUGGCAGUUUGCUUGAAACGCUGGCUGGGCGGGAGCCCCAGGCUGACGGGUGCUGGCUGGCGGGGGAGCCAGGCCGCCCUCAGCAGGGACGCAGCAUGGUCAGCGGGCACCCAGUGAGGCCAGGCGAGUGCCCGGGGACAAGGGGCGCCCCGUGCAGAGGAGUUCCCGCGGCGCUUCUGGGCAGGCGCGUUGUUGAGCUGUCAGGAGGACCGGACUGUGCCAUAAUUGUUAUGACAAAAAAAACACGCCAACCUUCCUCUCUCCCCUGCCGGCCAUUGUUCAUUGAAAGUUUACUGAGCACAGUCUUUGUGGAUGUCAGGGAGGUUGCCACAGCUGCAGGGUCCUUCCUGACGGGCCUGAACCCUGCUGGUUUUCUUCCCCCCGCUUACCUUCUAGUCUUCGGGGCCACGGGAGGGCCAGGAAUGGCUGGUGAGCAGUUUGCCCUGGUGUGCCGCCUUUCUCCCAGAGACACUGGAAAGACAGGAUCAUCUUGGUGCUAAGAAGCAACUGCCCUGUUUGUCCAGAGGCAAAUGGAGACUUUACCGAACUAUACAAGAGGGUCCCUACCCCCCUGCGGCUGCCAGGUGUGAGACCAAACUGAGGGGCAUACUCUGUGGGUCAGGACUGGGUGGGAUGGGAAUUCUUUACCCAGGGGUAAGUGUUUUUAACAGAAAGAUGUAACUUGCCUUUGGACCGUGGCUGUGCCGAGGCGGUGGAGUGGGCUGCCCUCUCUGGGCUGAGUCUCCAGGCCUCAUGAGGUCCCCUGUGGGGAUGCUGCUAUUUCUAAAAUGCAAAUUGCACAUUUCCUAGAUUUUGUAUCUGUGGAUUUGGAUGAGGGAGCAGGGCCAAACUGCUUAUACAAUUUGAUAUGGGCCGAAAUGGUACUUCAAAUCUUUUGAUUGUUCCUAAAUAAAAACAUAAAUACGUUUC